AAAAACGCUACAUCGUGCCUGCAUUGAAAGGUGCAGUGAGAGAAACAGAAGGGUUAAUUGUGUAUCGGUUUAUACCUGAUUUCCCGAGACAUGUAACGAAUAAUAGUGACAAGGUUACAAUGCAAGACGAUAUUUUCCCAGCUGCAGAGAAAAUCCUUUCCGACAUCGAAAAUGUGGUGAAGAAGAAUCCGUCACUGAAGAGUUUCGAAAUAAUUCCCGCGGAAGACAAUGAGAACAAAUCGCCUGUAUUCCACCAGGAGGACUGUCUCGGGUUGGCGUCCUGGUGCGUGCAACCACUGUACUGCUACGCUUAUCGUCGCCUCUUCGAACUUCGGCAAAAUAAACACAGACGGGAGGAACCAAGCACAAUAGCAAGAUGGUUACUGGGCGCGUUGUUAUUGAAUCCAGACGUCACGACGUUUUGGAAUAUGCGUCGGGAGUUAGUAAGGAGCCACAAGUUGGAAGCACCCGAGGAAUUCUUUUUCUCACGAUUGGUGCUUUAUCAUAAGCCGAAAUGUUUCGAGGCGUUUGCCUAUCGGCGGUGGUUAUUGUCGUACAUAUUAAACAGUAAGGAUGGACAUUACGAUCCGGAAUCGGUGGAAUCGCCCUUCUGUAGGGAACUGGAUAUAGCGACUACGUGCGCGGAUAGAUACGCGAGCAACUAUCAUGCCUGGAGUCACAGGCGUCAUGUAAUGACUCUUCGUGAAUCGUGUGGAUUCGCUUAUCCGACUCUAGAGACAGAAUGGAAGAAUUCGCUGGCAUGGUGUCAACGACACGUAUCGGAUUAUAGCGGGCUUUCCUAUCGACAGUUCCUGCUGAAUAAGUAUAUGUUCGAAUUAAAGGAACUGCCGAGGGAACCGUUUAUAAAGUGCCCGGAUGUCGGGGAGCAAUGGAAAGAGGAACUCUUCGCUUACGUUAAAUCGAACAUCAGUGAUACAGAGGACAUGCAUCAAUUGCAGAGGUUAUUCGGUAGAACGAACGCGGAAUUCAGAGCGACUACUCCUUCGUCGAGAACGAAACAACAUCAAACAGCGUAUUUCCGUUCUUUGUCAUAUUGGCUGGAAGAAUGUCGCGCGAAUGACAGUGCUAUUUGCAUGUAUAACGAUCACGAGGCUCUCUGGUGUCAUCGUAGAUUCCUCGCGUAUCUUCUCCUGCGUUUUAUGACGACGAAUCAUUUCUGUCGCGGAGAUGAACACAAUGUCGACGGUCAAUCCGAUGACAAAUCGGUUGAAAGAAAAAAUGUUCAAAAAUUACUAGCGGACAACGAUGUGAUGUUGUGUCACGAUUUUCUCGUGCAAGCAUUCCGCACGUACACCAACAAGAUCGCUGAUCUCGCCACCAAACGGGAUCAACACGAGAAGAUGUUGGUUGAGAGGUUCUUUAAAUUUCUUCAGAGCAUCGGGUUCGAAAUCAGAUCGUGAUUUCGUUGAGUCGAGGUUGUACUUUGGCAUGGCAAAUAACAUAUGCGCAAUAAUCGAUAUGCAUUGAUAUGCCAUUGUAAAAAUAACGCAAUAACUCUCUUAUUCCGUAUUCCACGCAAACGUAAUUCCUAGCCGUAUACUUUAUUCAUGAAUUGUAUCUCAAUAAUGCUCUCUCGUCUGAUCUGUUUGCGCGGCGAAUUCUGUGCGCGUAAAUCAAUGCUGUCCACGAGAGGGGCCCCUUAUGUGACUUUGUCCCCCUUUGCGUGUCAUCAUAUUAUAAGAGGAAAAGAAAAAGGGGAAGAGAUCAAAUAUUAUUUCUUUCUCUUUCUAACUCUCUCUGAAAACGAACGGAUAUAGACGAGAAACUCAUAUUGGUAGCGUGUAUGCGUAGCAUAUGCGACAGAGUGGGAGAAUUCUUCUCUACAUCCUAGAGUCGAAGUUGAACAGCACUGUCACAUAAAUAAAUGAUAUAGAAUCGUUUACGGUAACGCAAGAUCUAAUGUACAAUGUAGAUGAAAAUGGAAUGAGUAUCGAUACUUAUUUUUGAGACAUUUACCGCGUAUUAUUUAAGGAUAUUUUCAAUAACCGAGCACGAUAUAUCGUAUCGUGAUGAAUUAACGGAGAAAAAGAAGAAAUCAGAAGUUGGGCGAUGUUUGAUUUUCUAAACGUUGUCCGACAUUUGAGAGAGUAUGUACCCUAUGGUUGUGUGGUAAAUAAGAAAAAAAGUGUCUUUUGAGGCUAUAGGGAAGUAUUAUCACGGGAUAAAUGUGUAUAGUCGAACGUUGAUAAAAUAUGAUAUGAAGGAAAGAAGAAAAAAGAUGUUAGUUUUAUAAUCAUGUGUUUUUAGUCACCUUGUAGAAUAACAGAGGCCCGGUAACGCAGGCCGUUUACGUCGUCAGGCCAAUUGUUUUGACGCCACUAGUACAUAUGCGACAUUGGCCACGUUGUCCUCCUUUGGCACGACAACCUAACCAAAAAUAAACCUUUCGACUUUUGACUGAAUUUCUCGUUAGUCUACCGGGAACGGUCGUUAAACGCGUGCGAUCGCCAGAUUUCUUGUCCACCAAGUCCUAUAACUUCCGUUUCAUUGUUACAUGUUAAUAAAGUUCAGUGAACCCUGUCGACAACAA